AUGUAUAUCACCCUCUACUACAUAGUCACCCGGCUCCCUGGCUCUCUCCGCGUAGUCAGGGACCACUUCCUCUCAGUUUGCCCCACCACUCUCACCGUUGACCUCCUCGAGAAGGCCCUCCUAGCAGCAGAGAAGAGCAAAGUCGCUGUAGGAGCCUCUCGUGGUGACCCUCGCACCCCCGUCUUUGAGGGGUGUUCUCCCUCCCCCCUCUUGCCCUCUGUUGCCUCUGCUGCAGCGGCCGACCUCGUUGGUUUCGAGUCGGUCGGCGCUGCAUCUGCCCCGAGCGGGAGACGCCGCACCGGCAAGGGCAAGGGGGGCAAGGGCGCUGGAGGGGCUGGCGGGGGCAGUGGAGGUGGUGGUGGAGGCAGUGGAGGGGGUGGGGGUGGUGGUGGGAAUGGUGGCGGGGGUGGAGGUGUCGGUGGCAGCAGUGGAGGCGGAGGAGGCGGCAGCAGUGGCGGAGGGAGCGGAGGCGGCGGAGGUGGUGGAGGCGGCGGAGGCGGCGGAGGUGCCGGAGGCAGCGGCGGCAGCAGUGGACCUAGUCGCAGCUCUGCGCAGAAGAGUGGCUCUGAUGGAGGUACGCGCCAGCAGCAGCAGCGCAAUCGUGAGACCCUGUCCCCUCAGCAGCUUCGUGAGUGGUACGCUGCGCGUCAGCGCGGUGGGGGUACGAGUCCCUGCACCUACGUUCUCCGCACCGGCGACCGCGCUGGUGAGCAGUGCGGGGGCCCGCACUCCACCCAGCGCAGCUUCGGCCACCUAACGGACGCGUGGCGUCACCAGUUCCCUGAGGCCUCUCAGAUCCCUCGCUGGGGAGAGCUGUCUAGGGCGGGGGUUGCUAUCUUUGAUCUUGACUUUGAUGCUAUUCUUUCUGCCAUGUAUGCUGUUGCUGAUAGUGUUAAGGGUGAAUAUUACCUGUGUGUUCCGCCUGACCCGGGCAUUGAGACUGCUGCUCUAGGUGCUGGUGAGGGUGCUGCUCUAGGUGCUAGCGCGUCUGCUGCCCCAGGUGCUUGUCUCUACCUCCCCUCGUUCUCUACGAACUUGGUGAGUGGAGCUGAUCUACAGGAUAGGGGGGUUGACCAGUUCACUCCUGCGAGACAGCGAGUGACCCACUGCACGUGUGCUCGGACAGGCCGACACUUGGCCACGUUCACCCGUCGGCCGCGGUCAAGCCUGUACACCCUCACUACUGAGUCUCCUUCGACUGCUGAGCCUGGUCAGGUCGCUGUGUUGAGUCAGGUGUUUGCUGCAGCGUCUAGGUCUAGACCUGAGUCUGCUCCCUGCUCGUGUCGUCUCCUGUCUCACUAG